UCAUUCAGAUUCUGACAAACAGAAACCAUGAUAUUGUCAGAGAGAAAUAAAACUGGAGCCACGUUCACUCUCUUGGGCUUCUCAGAUUACCCAGAACUGCAGGUCCCUCUCUUCCUGACUUUUCUGGCCAUCUACAGUGUCACUGUUGUAGGGAACAUUGGGAUGAUUGUUAUCAUUAAAGUUAACCCCAAACUGCACACCCCCAUGUACUUCUUCCUCAGCCACCUCUCAUUUGUGGAUUUCUGCUAUUCCUCCAUCGUUGCUCCCAAGGCCCUGGUGAACCUAGUUGUAGAAGACAGAACCAUUUCUUUUCAGGAAUGUGUAGUACAAUUCUUUUUCUUUUGUAUCUUUGUGGUAACUGAAUCCUUUUUAUUGGCGGUGAUGGCCUAUGACCGCUUCGUGGCCAUUUGCAACCCUCUGCUCUACACAGUUGCCAUGUCCCAGACACUCUGUGCCAUGCUUGUGAUUGGGUCAUAUGCAUGGGGAGUAGUGUGUUCUUUGAUACUUUCGUGUUCUGCUAUCAAGUUAUCAUUUCAGGGUUUCAACACCAUCAACCACUUUUUCUGUGAGUUCUCCUCAUUGCUCUCCCUCUCUUGCUCUGAUACUCAUGUCAACCAGUUGCUGCUUUUUGUUUUUGCCACUUUUAAUGAGGUCAGCACACUACUCAUUAUUCUCACGUCCUACAUAUUUAUCCUUGUCACUGUCCUCAAGAUGCAUUCAGCCAGUGGUCGCCGCAAAGCCUUCUCUACCUGUGCCUCACACCUGACGGCCAUCACCAUCUUCCAUGGCACCAUCCUGUUCCUCUACUGUGUGCCCAACUACCAAAACUCCAGGCACACAGUCAAAGUGGUGUCUGUCUUUUACACAGUGGUGAUCCCCAUGCUGAAUCCCCUGAUCUACAGUCUGAGGAAUAAAGAUGUUAAGGAUACAGUCAGCAAGCUAAUGGACACUAAAGUCUUUUCUUGUUGAGCAUAUUAUGUUAGUAAAAUCUAUCCACUACAUGCAAAUAAAGUGUAUCUCCACAGGUUCAUUUUUUAAGAUAUUUUUAAGUUAUUGAAGACCUAGUGUUGUACAAUGGAAAGGACAUAGAUUUUCAUUCGAAGACACUAAACUUGACUCUGUCUCUUCUGAAGAAAAACCAGCAAUUCCUCUCACUUUAAUUUUUCAUUUGCAAAUCUAAGACAACAUAAGCUAGCUCCUAAUAUGAUUGUAAAGAUUAAAAGAUAAUAUAGAUAUCAUGUGGAAUGCCUUAUAUAAUCUCAAUAAACAUUAUUUUUCAUCCCCUUUUCUUAUAACAUACCUGGAGCAACUAGGCUUUUAAUAAACACAUAACUUUCUCUUGUGAAAGUAUUAAAAAUAUUAUAUCCCAUCCCUUUCUGAUAUUUGGCAGAACUCUGGUGUGAUUUUAGAGCUUAUGUCCUUGAAGAGGGAGCUUUUGAG